UCUUUGCCCCAAGUGCUCUCUUUUGAUGUCGAAUAUAAUCUGUUUUGUGAUUUUCUUGCAGAGGUGCCCAGCUUCAACAUCCUUCCGAGGAAAACUCCUCUUAAAAAGCAGACAGGGGCUACCUCCAGCUCGACCGGGGGUCAAGCUGAGAGGUCGACUGCUUUCUCUGGGUCUCGACCGGAGCCACAGACGCGAUCACCUCCGCGAGAGACCCCCUUGCCACCGCCUCCGCCGCCAGGGCCACAGCAACAACAACAAUAACAAUAGCAACAACAACAACCGCAACCACCGCCGAAACACCAACAACGCACAAACUCCUCCGCCUCCCCCCGGCAAAACUUCUCAGCACACCUCUACCUCUGCCUCUAACACCAAGGCCUCGACCACCACCAAAGCCUCGACCACCUCCAAAACCGAUGACCGUCAAAAGACUGCUGAUCGCCAGCACAAGCCCGACGACCGCCAAAAAACUACUGAUC